AUAGGUGGACAGACGUGGGAGAGGUCGCCGCCCCGCCUCUCCCCUCCUCCCCCUACACACGGAAGCUCCUCGGCCCCCGUGCCAGGAUGUCCGACACCUGGGUCCCCGGGCUCGUACCCACUUUGCUGUUCGGCCUCCUGGCCGGCCCCCAACAGGCUGCUGCUAAAUGUGGACUCUUCUUCACCUGCCCCAAAGGAUUCAAGUGCUGUGGGGACAGUUGCUGCCAAGAAUACGAGCUCUUCUCUGGCCCCCUGAGGAUCUUCGUCAUCACCUUCCUCAUCAUCUUUCCCCUUUUGUGCAUCUGCUGCCUGGCUAAGCGGUUCUGUCGCAGCUGUGGAGAACCGGAGCAGGACCCCCCAGUGGAUCACCAGGGGCCCCCGGAGCCGCCCUCCAUUGCCCCCACAGAGAGGGUCAGGACGUCUACCUUUGACCCCCCGCCCCCCUACAGCGAGAUUAUUCUGAAACCUGUCCUGCCCGCCAUGGAGCCGCCCCCUCCCUACAGCUUCAGUCCCGAAGAAUAUGCCAGGAUGCCCAGGGGCAUCGACAACCCAGCCUUCUGAGCCCCCCAGCCGCCUGCCUGCAGCUUCAGCGUCCGCGCCUCCUUGGUUAAGCCAGAGACUCGUGGGACCCCUGUGAUGUCCCACCUGUCCUGCCAUGUCUCUAGCUGCUCCUGGUUUUAACUUAUUGCUUUUCCUAUCCCGGUUCCACCUCCGCUGCCUCUCUGGUCAGGAACGCUGGUCUGGAGGGUCAGCAUCUGCCCCCCACCCCGCCAAUCCCAUGUCAGAGGCUGGCAGGAGGAGCAUGUCAGGUACCUGACAGUGGGAUGCGCUAUGCUGAGGUAUGGAGAGAACCCUGUUUCUGGGGGAUACACACAUCUUCAACUGGACAGCCAGCUCCGAGAUCUUCUAGAGGGCACUCCUGUUCCUGGGAGACUUGACUGCAUCGGUUCUAGAGAAGACCCCAUUGUGCCCCCCCAAUCUGUGUACUCACUAAAUUUUAACUGUCACUGAGAGUCCGCCUCUGGCUGUGUGGGGAGGUAACUGGGGAGUGAGCCCAUGUGCCGCUGAGGGGCUGGGGUGUGGGCAGGCCACUGAACCCCACAUCCCACCAUUGAUUUGUCGGCGAUGAGCCUGGGCAGACAGUCCAUCUGUGAACCACCCUCUGGGAGAGGAUCUUUGCAGAUGUUUUGACCCAGAACCAGGGCUUGAUGCUAAAGAGCCUGGACCGGGAGCUGGGGGUGACGCGGGAGUGACUGUUCUUUUCUUCCCCAUCCCAUCUCCCACUGCUCUGCCCAGGGGAUGUGGCGCUCAGCUCCUGCCUUUCUCGCCACGGGUAUAGGGAGGGGACAAAGGAGAGGGAUGUGGGAGAGGCUAGCCAUCUGUGGGGCAGGGACUCUGGAGACCUUGACCUGCCCCACCCUGGAAGCUCCUGGAGGGAGGAGAGGAAAGGGCAGAUUCUCCCUCUUCAGCCCCAUGUGUGGUUCCGGGCACUCCCACCUGAGCUCAUCUGUGGGGUUAACCCCUAAGAGGAAAGAAGCAUUCGUCGUUGCAUCACCGGAGAGAGUCUUCACGGGGCGUGAGUCUCCAUGGAGCCUGCAGCAGAGCGUGGAGCUGGGGGACUAGCAUGGGGGACGCAGAGAGAAAGAGACCCCCUCCAUGCUGGUGUCCCAGGGCUCAGGCAAGGAUGCUACCUCUGCCAUGACCCUAUCUUUGCCCUGCUCCCCUGCAGCCCACGAAUGCCGCUGGCUUUCCUCCCCAGACACUGGCCACAGCUCCUGGGAGGAUCGGAGGGAGGACUGGCAGUGGUUUGCAGGUGGGGAUGCCGCCUCCAGUGUUCUCAACAAUACCCAGACUUAGGAUGUCAUGACCCAGGCAGGCGGCUGGGCCAGGGAGAGGGAAAGGCACAGCCAGCCCCGGAGAUGUUAGGGACAGGGGCUGCCUGGCUGGGGCUGGGGACAGAGCUCCUGAGGGGGAACAGUAGCUAGGGACAAUACCGUGUCAGAGUUAGCAAUCAGAAUGAGCGCAGUCACGAGAAGUUUUCCCUUGAGUUUCCGGGACGGAUCUGGGGUGGGAGAGAAGGAAGAUGUCUUUGCUGCUUCAUGCAAGUGUGUCUAGCCCCAGGUGGAGAAGUCCCAGGGCUGAUGCUGCCCUCACUGGGUAAACACCCACCUUGGGCGGGGGAGACGUUAAGCAAUGGGCUUUGCAGACCUUAAGGAGGAGGACCUCUUCAGCCUUUCCUCAAAGACAGCACGAGACCCUUCAGGCCUCCCUAGCAGCCCCAGAGCGGCCUGAGGGCAAGUCUGGUCACUGUGAAACCCAGCCUUGCUGGGACCCGGUGGCAGACAACGGCCAGUUCUAGGUGUCUCUGCUUAUGGCUGCGGGGAGGGGAAAGAGUGUAACCCUGAAGCGUGACAUAGCAGCAGCAUCCUUUCCCACCACGAAUCUUUACAAAGCUCCUACUAUGUGUCGGGCGCUAUGCCUGGCACUGGGUAUCUGUUAAAAUUGAAAAUGCACGUGGCCCAGCAGUUCCAGUUCUAAGAAGGAGCCUUCAGAGAAGCUCAGAGAAACCCAGGAAGAUGUCCAGUGCAGUGUUGUAGCUGGGGGCAUAAAUCCAGUUACGCGGCCAUCGAUAGGAACCAAUUACACACGCCAGGUCCAUCCAUGGUGUGAGUGCAAUGCAGCUUUUAAAAAGGACGAAGGGGGCGGGUACCUGGGUGUCUCAGUGGUUUAAAGCCUCUGCCUUCGGCUCUGGUCAUGGUCCCGGGGUCCUGGGAU